AUGGAGACUACAGAGACUACCACUGAGCACAUUCGUGCAUUGCACAACCCGUUUUCCACACCACCACAAUUCGCGACUCCAAUUGGGUCCAUUCGGUCGCGAAGACCUGACUCUGCUGACAAUGGCCACACAGCUCGUCCUCGCAGGCGUUUCCGAAGUUCCCGACUGACCGGUGAAUUUGAAAAGCCCUGGCUGGAAGAUGGAAAAAGGAAACCAAAUUGGGACAGCAUUAUUUUCUACACUUGCUGUGCUAUUGCCCUCUGUGUUUCGGGCUAUAUUUGUUGGUCUGAGUAUGAGAAGGUUCCAAGACAUGACUGGUGCAUGAUUUUAGAUGAAGACUUUAAGACUUUGGACACCGCCGUCUGGAACCACGAGGUGCAGCUUAAUGGCUUCGGAACGGGUUCCUUUGACUGGACCACCACCGAUCCCGAGAAUUCCUACGUCGACGCCGAAGGCCUUCACAUCGUUCCAACCCUGACACUCGAAAGCACCCAUUAUACUGAAGCAGAACUUCUCAAUAACACUGUUUUGAAUUUGACUGCGGACGGGACCUGCACGUACUCCGAGCAGCGCGUGUCUACACUUGCGGAUUGGAGUGCAUGCGAGGUUAGAAGCAAUGAUACAUCCGGACAAAUCCUCAACCCGGUUCGAUCUGCUCGUCUCACUACGAAAGGAAAGAAGAGCAUAAAAUAUGGACGGGUUGAGGUUGUUGCAAAGCUAGCAAAGGGAGACUGGCUGUGGCCGGCUAUUUGGAUGAUGCCCGAGGAUUCUGUCUACGGCGAGUGGCCGAAAAGUGGUGAGAUUGACAUUAUUGAAGCACGGGGCAAUGAUGCGGAGACUUAUUCCUGGGCAACAAUAUUUACUUCCGACUGGGGUGCGCAGCGAACCAAGUACAGUGAAGGCUACCACACCUAUGGGCUGGAAUGGACUGAGGACUAUAUGUUUACCUGGCUCGACGGUCGAUUGAGGCAAAUCCUCUACUUUGACUUUACCAAAAACGAGAACAUGUGGACCUAUGGUGAUUUUGCCGGCAGUACUGUAAACAAGACUGUCCCUAGUGAUCCAUGGAGCCAGACUGGUCGCAAGAACACUCCAUUUGAUCAGGAGUUUUAUCUCAUUCUCAAUGUGGCUGUUGGUGGGACUAACAACUAUUUCCCGGAUCAAAUGGAUGGCAAACCCUGGGUUGAUGCGAGCGAAAGUGCUAUGAAAGAGUUCUACCUUGCCCAGAGCUCCUGGCUACCUUCAUGGGGGACCCCCGAGGAGCGCGGCAUGAUUGUCAAAUCAGUGAAGAUGUGGGAACUUGGGGCUUGUGCAUGA